AUGUCCGAAGUCCCAGAGAGCCGACCUGUGAAAUUCACAAUCACCCACUAUCGUCAACAACAGCACUCUCACGAGGCAUUCAUUGACUGGAUCGUCGAGGAGCAUCUACCUCUCGCUAUACCCGUCUUUGAAAAGUACGGAGUCAUCAAAUACUGCCUAUUCGUUACGCCGCCGUCUCAGAACGGUGCACUUAAAGAAGAAAUUGGAGCAUUUCGGCCUACCUGGGAUUUCGCUACUUUUGACUGCUUUAUCGAAUACAUGCUCCCUGACAUGGAGACCAUCAAGAAAAUAAUGUCGGAUCCGGAUUGGCAGGUGGCAGUAAAGGACCAGGAUAAGUGGGUUGAUGUCCCGAAGGCCCUAGUUUCGGUGGGGUACUGUACUGGGAAUUUACUGGAUAAGAACCAGUAG